GCCAAAGUCGAUUUAUUUACAAAAGUGAAGUUCCGUAGUGCGGGGGGACAUUAGCCGCAUUUUACCUCUGGCUUGUUGUCAGGGCUCAGGAUUUCAGACGCGCUCGUUACCUGCGAGUUAUCUCCCCCGAAGAACUUCAGUAAUUCGUCUCCUCGUUUUAGAUGCAACUAGUUUCGCGCUGAAGGAAAUCCGACAUGGAUUAUAAUAUACGGCGGCGUUUGAGAGCAUCAAGCAGGUGGAAGCUUAGAGAUGAACAGUUUGAAGCCAUUGCAACAGUCAUCUUAAGAGUACCAGGCUACUUUAUCCUCGAUUAUUGGUAUCAGAAUGAUAUCAACAACUGUAUUCCUCGAUCAUUUGCUUGGGCUGAUGUUGUGUCUUCAGGAUUUGCUAUAUUUGCGGUGAUCCAAGGUGUGUUGGUGCUGUUACUACCUCUGGAACAGCUGGUUAUGUUGUACAUGCACUACCUCACUAUAGCUGUUUUAGCAGCCGCUGACACCUUUUCAAAUUAUUAUAUUGAGGGGGAGAAACGCCUUGUCAGUCAGUGGCCAGACUAUGGCACAGUAAGCUUUCAGGGUUUCUCCAAUAUGUUGAUGCUUCAAAAAUCGCUUUUCGAUCCUCAUAAUGAUAUGGAAACACUCUUUUUGAGACAACAAGUUGCUGCAAUUGUAUUCCACACAUUAGUGGCAACAUUUGUAACUUUCUUCCUAGAUUUAGAUUGUAACAAAGACAAGAUCCUGUUGUUGGUUUACCUGGUUCCCGUAUUUGCACGACUGGCAGGUUUCCCAGUUACAGAACUUCAUUUGACACACAACUUUGCUUCGUGUUUUGUCAUUUUUUUAACAGUGCAGUAUAUAUUUCUUUGUGUUCCUCAUGUAUUUAGGUUUUUGAAAAAUAUGUAUACUUCGAUUGUAGAGAUGGUUGAGUUCUUUGGGCCAAUUGGUGUGGUUGUAACUAUUUGGAGUAGACUGUUUGUGCCUAUACAGCUUCUUUUGUUUUGGCUUGUGCUGUUUUCAACACAGCUAUACAACCAUUAUCUACCUUCAUAUAAUACUGCUGUUGCUCCUAAAUCAGGGUCACAUGCAGCAACUUCAAUAAGUGGUGUUGUGUCGGGGGUGUCAUCUCCAGUGGUAGGAAGGGCUGGAUCCUCAGUGUCAUCUGUUGGGAGUGGAGCUCCAGGUGAAAUGUGGUACCUGGUGAUUGUUCAAAGUGCAGCAGAGGUUUGUUACACUCCUCUUAUGUUGGCAGGGACGUGUGUUGCUGUUUCUUAUGCUUCACGAAUGAUAUUGUCCUUAACCAGGGCUUAUACAGCUGGACCUGGAGCAGCUCCCCUCCCCGAUGAUUUGGUCCAUUCAGGAUGGACUGAAGGGGUUACAAUGGCACUGUUAGCUGUACAGACCUCCUUACUUAGCAUGGAAAUGCGUGAACGUUUGGCAGUGUUCGCUAUUAUCUUGCUCAUUGUUGUAACGUCUUUAGUUCAGAGUAUGUAUGAACUAGUUGAGCCUGUAGUUCUUGCACUCAGUGCUCAAGGUGUUGCCUCUCUGUCAAGACAUGCUAGAGCAGUUUCUGCAUGUUUGCUGCUCUUAAUUCUUCCCUUGUACAUGGUGUAUAUGUUUACUCUCAUUUUUGAACAAGAUUUUUGGCUUUUGCUUGUUGUUUCUACAAGCAUUAUGACAUCUGUUCAAGUGUUAGGUCUUUUGGCUAUUUAUGUACUUCUUACAUGGGACGCUGUAUGUGCCCAGCCCUGGCCUGGUUUAGAUGACCUAGUAUAUUACACUAGAGCAACAACACGAGUUUUUGAAUUUAUAGUGGCUGUAUUUGUUGUGGGGGCAGGAGUGAAAGAAUGCAUAACAGGCAUGUGGUCAUGGAUUAAUGCUGUAGUUUUGCUUAUACAUUUUUACUUUAAUGUUUGGCAGCGUUUACAGCAAGGUUGGAAAAGUUUCUUGUCACGUUUGGAAGCUGCCAAGAAGAUAUCAGCUUUACCUGAAGCAUCUCCAGGACAGCUGGAAGCCUAUAAUGAUGUGUGCGCCAUAUGUUAUGCAGAUAUGACAUCAGCUCGAAUUACUCAUUGCUAUCAUUUCUUCCAUGGUCCAUGCCUUAGAAAGUGGUUAUAUGUGCAAGAUAAAUGCCCAAUGUGUCAUGCCCCCAUCACUUUGAAAGAGACUGACACCAUGCAAGAAGAAACACCAUCCUCUGAAGGGGAUUCGGUUGCUGGUGCCCCACCUUCUCCCGAUUCAAUAGAGAGAGAACUUGGAGCUAAUAUUCCUCUUCCUGAUGAUGGAGAUAAUGAAGAUCUUUCUCUCGUUAACACAGAUGACGAGGAUACGAGAGAUUCUGCAAAGGAAGAGGAAUUUUCAAAUGCAGAUGAUAUUAGAGAAGAGGUUGUAGAAGCACAAAGAAGUCAAAAUGUAUAGAAUACCAGGAUUUCCAGGUAGAUGCAGUAUGUUGUAGUGUUGCAUGAUAUCAUGCAGAAUAAUAUAGAGUCCAUCAGAAUUAUAGCUAACUUGUCAAAGAGCUGAUUCUGUUAUUAUUUUUUUAUAUUUACAUUGGGCAAUGGUACUCAUUUUGCCAUAAGUAAUGUCAGUGUAUUUAUUUUCAUACUACAGAAAUUACAUAAUUUUAAGGUAAUUUUUAUGGCAGUUGUAUUGUUAUAUAUUUUGAAAUCAGGCUGCUUACUCUUUUGACAUUUAAAGUUAUGUAAUUUUGUUGAUGUAGGGAAGGGUUUUAGAAAAUGUCUUAUAUUUUGGGGCUUGGUUUUUACAUAUCUUUAAGAGAAAGAUAAUAUGCUCAGAUGCAUUGUACUUGUAAAUGAAGAAUUGUAAUGAUCUAAGUUAGUCUCAUAUUCUUUUGUGAAGAUAAUUGAAAUUUUGUUUUACAUGAAUUAAACUAUUCUGGUAUAGUUGGGAAAUACUACUAGUGAAAUUUAAUGGAACAGUUGAAUGUGAAUGUAUUAUUCUUUACUUAUGUGAAGCUAUUUUCCUAUCUUUAUCUGCAUUCAGGCUUUUAGCUUAAUGUUUCAGGCAGUAGCUGUCACUGGUGAGUUAGUAUUUAUGGCUUGGUUUUGGUCAUGAGGGAGCUAAUAAGUGUUCAACUUUGUCAAUUUAGCAUAAGCGACUCAUUUCAAUUUCCUGUAUAGUUUAAAGUAUUUAGGAAGGAUGAAAGCAUACUUAUGUGACAGGUUCUCAUUUUUAAACAUGAGUUGUAAAUACAAAGUUUGAAAGUGAAUUAAUUGAGUUCCAGAAUAUGAACGAAGUGCAGUGUCUUGCAUGGAAUGUACAAAAUAUCCAGUGGUGUAGUAUUUAUGAUCAUCGUAUCAGAAUAAAUAACAUUGUGAAUCGAAAUAGAAUUAUAUAGUUACUUUACUACAGUAAAUAUUACCCUCCUUGUAAUGAAAUUAUAUUGGUUUUGGUGAGAGCUUUAAAAGAGGAAGAAACAGUUUCUCUUGUAGUGUUAAAUCGUUAUUAUAUUUUGUCAAAAUUACUCUAUGUAAUCAUCCUGUUUGUACUUAGCCAGUAUCAGAAACAAGGAGCAUGAGGUGAACAUUUCACACAAGUAUUAAAAAUGUAAAAUCAUCAGUGGUUGCAUGAAGGGACUGUAAUUUAAUUAACUUGUGCCAGUGUGUAGAAGCAAAAAACUUUUACAGUGCUUAAGAGAAGGUUGCCAAAAUUACAAUGGAGAGGAUGAGAAGAUUUUUUUCAGUAGUGGACCAGUAGUCCAAUGCAUAAUGAUGUUCAGGGUUUCAGCUUAGGACAAGGUUUCUUAGAAUGUAAUUGUAUGAAGAAAGUCUGUGCCAGUAAUGUACCAUAAGUUCAAGAGACUUUGGAAUAGAAGAGAUGCUUCAAGUAGAGAUUUCACAGACCGGUGCUCUGUUAUGUUUCCAGUGUCGGUGAAAAAGCAAUUGGGAUAUUGUGACGUUUCAAAAGGAAGGUAAUUUUGUGAGGGUGAGAGACUGUGAAUAGAAUAUGCGCUCUGAACAGGAGAACAAAACACACCUGUAAUACAGUGAUUGUAGAUUUGGUCUAGUUGUAAGUUGUUGUUUGAUGGUCAGAUGAGAAGAUAUGAAUUCUAACUGUACAUUUUUUCCUUAUUAUCUGCAGUAAAUUGGUUCCAAGCACCAGGGCAGAUGUGUGAAGAUAGCAAAUCCCAUCUCUGGGUGUGUCGUUAAGUAAGCUGUCCAUAAUUACAACUGGAGAUAUCUUGGAUGUACCGGUACCUUAUGGCUGGCUCAACAGGGUAGGCUCUUGGUGUAGCUGCAGCAGACCAUAGCGAUGACGCUGAUAUAGUACUAUUGGAAAGCAACUGCUCCUUGUUAAGACUAUAUCCUGUGAGGAUUGGAAGCGCUCUGGAUUUGCUUACCCAGACAACUAUAGAACUUAACUUGUAGACGCUGUGUGCGACCUGCUAUUUAAUUGUU